ACUUCUGCUCUUUAAAAGCCUUUUAAAUCUCUGUGAAGCAAAUGCUCUUGGUAAUAGAGAAACAGUGAUAUCAGAUGAAAGAAAGAGAAAGGAAAGAAGACAUUCUGAAAUAUUUUCCAAAGGAAGAGACUCUUUACAGUCAGACAUGGAACGGGGUUACAAGAUUGCCACACGUUUAGGAAAUAAAAAAGACAUGUGUAUGUUUCUAGCCCUUCAUAUGGAGAAUUCUCCAAUGUGUGUUAGCCCAUCUGAAAAGUUCAAUAAAACUGGGAUUGUUGUGUGUGAGUCAGACAAAAUACACAAAGUGGUAGCAAUGAGCUGCUCCAGAGAAAACCUACAUGCUGUGCAACAUAUCAUGCUGAACGUUCCCUGUUCUUUGAAUAACUGCACUGUGUACUUGUCCAGGAAACCCUGCUCCACCUGUACUACAGUUCUCAUUCAAGGAUCAGUUUCUUCAGUCUAUUACUGGCCAGUGUCUCCAGAACUAAAAGGGGAAGAUUCAGCAGUUGAGGAAGAUCUCAAGCAAGUUGACCAAAUGUUUCUCAGAAGUAGUAUAAGUAGCAGUGUUUUUCUACCAAUCGCAGACUCUGACACUGUAUUUAAGAUUUCAUCUAGAAUCAAAAUAUACAAGUGCACAGAAUGCAGGUCCCAUUAUGCUGAGGCUGUCCCUAAAGACAUGGAAAAAAAUUGUUCAUUGCUUAAUAUGCAAGGCCAUAUAAGGAUAUGUGCAGAGCAGAUGAAGAAUGCAUUGUGUUGCCUUGAUUGUUUACUACAUUGUCCCCAUGGAGAAUUUGAAGAAAAAGAAAAUAUCGAUGUGGAAAAAAUGCACACACAUGCAUUGCAGCUUUGUUAUCUUUUAGCAGCAAGAUCUGAUGAUCCAGAUCGAGGUGUUGGUUGCGUAUUAUACAGUCAGAACGGAUAUUUUUUUGGGGCAGGUUAUAAUGGAUACCCUGUUGGUGCAAUAUUUGCAAACCUGCCUUGUGCAGGUAGAAACAUCAAAAAAGAGUCAGGAACAGCAAAAGGACCAGUCCUUAUCCAUGCUGAAGCAAAUGCUCUACUAUUCAGAUCCAGAAAAAAAAUAGAAGAGAAUGAUGUUCUUUAUUGCACGAAACCUCCCUGCUUUGAAUGUCAGAAAUAUAUACAGUUUGUGGGCAUAAAGAAAAUUGUUUCCAUACAAGAAUCAUCACAGUCAUCAUCAAACCAACAA